UCCUGCUUCAAGUUAGCCGGCAGCCGAGACGUUCUGACAGGACACCACCAGGAUGCCACCCAAGAAAGUGCAAAUCCAAGUGGAGGAAAAAGAAGAUGAAACUGAGGAAAGUUCAAGUGAAGAGGAAGAGGAGGACGAAAACAAACUACCUCGAAGAGAGAGCAUGAGACCAAAGAGGAAACGGACCAGAGAUGUUAUCAAUGAAGAUGACCCAGAACCUGAACCAGAGGAUGAAGAAACAAGGAAGGCCAGAGAAAAAGAGAGAAGGAGGAGGUUGAAGAGAGGAGCGGAAGAAGAAGAAGAAAUCGAUGAAGAGGAAUUGGAAAGAUUGAAGGCAGAGUUAGAUGAGAAAAGACAAACGAUUGCUACUGUCAAAUGCAAGCCCUGGAAAAUGGAAAAGAAAAUUGAAGUUCUCAAGGAAGCAAAAAAAUUUGUGAGUGAAAAUGAAGGGGCUCUUGGGAAAGGAAAAGGAAAACGGUGGUUUGCAUUUAAGAUGAUGAUGGCCAAGAAAUGGGCAAAAUUUCUCCGUGAUUUUGAGAACUUCAAAGCUGCUUGUAUCCCGUGGGAAAAUAAAAUCAAGGCAAUUGAAAGUCAGUUUGGCUCCUCGGUGGCCUCAUACUUCCUCUUCUUGAGGUGGAUGUACGGAGUAAAUAUGGUUCUGUUUAUCCUGACAUUCAGCCUCAUCAUGUUGCCAGAGUACCUCUGGGGUUUGCCAUAUGGCAGUUUACCUAGGAAAACGGUUCCCAGAGCUGAAGAGGCAUCGGCAGCCAACUUUGGUGUGUUGUAUGACUUCAAUGGCUUGGCUCAAUAUUCCGUCCUCUUUUAUGGCUAUUAUGACAAUAAACGAACAAUUGGAUGGAUGAAUUUCAGACUGCCACUCUCCUAUUUUCUGGUGGGGAUCAUGUGCAUUGGAUACAGUUUUCUGGUUGUCCUUAAAGCCAUGACCAAAAAUAUUGGUGAUGAUGGAGGUGGUGAUGACAACACUUUCAACUUCAGCUGGAAGGUGUUCACCAGCUGGGACUACCUGAUUGGCAAUCCUGAAACAGCAGACAACAAAUUCAAUUCUAUCACGAUGAACUUUAAGGAAGCUAUAAUAGAAGAAAGAGCAGCCCAAGUAGAAGAAAACGUCCACUUGAUCAGAUUCCUGAGGUUUCUUGCUAACUUCUUCGUGUUUCUAACACUUGGCGGGAGUGGAUACCUCAUCUUUUGGGCUGUGAAGCGAUCCCAGGAGUUUGCGCAGCAAGAUCCUGACACCCUUGGGUGGUGGGAAAAAAAUGAAAUGAACAUGGUCAUGUCCCUCCUGGGGAUGUUCUGUCCAACAUUGUUUGAUUUAUUUGCUGAAUUGGAAGACUACCAUCCCCUCAUCGCUCUGAAAUGGCUACUGGGACGCAUUUUUGCUCUUCUUUUAGGCAACUUGUAUGUAUUUAUUCUUGCCUUGAUGGAUGAAAUUAACAACAAGAUUGAAGAGGAGAAGCUAGUAAAGGCCAAUAUUACCCUAUGGGAAGCCAACAUGAUCAAGGCCUACAAUGCAUCGCUCACUGGAAAUACCACUGGGCCACCCUUUUUUGUGCACCCUGCAGAUGUACCUCGAGGACCCUGCUGGGAAACAAUGGUGGGGCAGGAAUUUGUGCGGCUGACUGUUUCUGAUGUUCUGACCACCUAUGUCACAAUUCUCAUCGGGGACUUUCUCCGAGCAUGUUUUGUGAGGUUUUGCAACUACUGCUGGUGCUGGGAUUUGGAAUAUGGAUAUCCUUCAUACACCGAAUUUGACAUCAGUGGCAAUGUCCUUGCUCUGAUCUUCAAUCAAGGAAUGAUCUGGAUGGGCUCCUUUUUCGCUCCCAGCCUCCCAGGCAUCAAUAUCCUUCGGCUCCACACGUCCAUGUACUUCCAGUGCUGGGCUGUGAUGUGUUGCAACGUUCCUGAGGCCAGGGUCUUCAAGGCUUCCAGAUCAAAUAACUUCUACCUGGGGAUGCUCUUGCUCAUCCUCUUCCUGUCCACCAUGCCUGUGCUCUACAUGAUCGUGUCCCUCCCGCCGUCGUUUGAUUGUGGGCCCUUCAGUGGCAAAAAUAGGAUGUUUGAAGUCAUUGGAGAAACGCUGGAGCAUGAUUUUCCAAGCUGGAUGGCAAAGAUCUUGAGACAGCUUUCUAAUCCUGGACUAGUUAUUGCUGUUGUUUUGGUUAUGGUUUUGACCAUCUAUUAUCUUAAUGCUACUGCAAAGGGCCAGAAGGCAGCAAAUCUGGAUCUAAAAAAGAAGAUGAAACAGCAAGCUUUGGAGAACAAAAUACGAAACAAGAAAAUGGCAGCUGCACGAGCAGCUGCAGCUGCUGGUGGCCAGUAA